CAGGGCCGGUGGUAGUAGUAUCGAACCGGCGUUCGUUGCGCGCGGUUACCCAACGUUAACAUUCCCCGUAUUUGUACAAUCCACAUGCGCGCGAUCUGUGCAAAACGUUCGCGUCGCGCAUUUACGCAUGUGACACGUUGUGCCCGGUGCGCACUCCGACGAGAAUCAGAAAUAACGCCUAAAGCGGCGGCGUUAGAUAAAAGCCGUCGAAAUUGUUACGCCGACGAAAAAAUUCGAAAAAAACGGCCGAAGGGCCGUGUGUGAGAACCUCUCUCGUCGGAGGAUUCUCGGUUCGGUGAAAGGCCGCCUUUCGUCGCCGCUCGUGCGCUUCCGUGAUUAAACGGAGCAGGUGACGUCGACGCGAACGGGGAGUAUAUGUAUAAUACCACCCGGUGUAUGGGGUGUGGUGUCCGGAAAAACAGGUGCCGGACUAACGUUCGUAGUUCUUGGAUAGAAAAAGAAAAAAAAUAGAAUCGCGCGGCGCGUGGACAGUCGAGAGCAAGAGCGAGCCUCGCUUUGUCGGGGCUCCCGACAGAAGGGAAUAAAAUGACGUAAGAAAAUCCCUCGGAGCAUGUCGGGAUCAACUCCACCCAGAAGAAGCAGUCCAACCCCAAAGGUGGACAACAACCCCGGCGGUGGCAAUGACAGUCCCAGAACGCCACGUGGUGGCCGACUGCGGGAUCGGGUGAGCUUCUUCGAGCAGGUCUGGUCGGCCGGGCGCAGUCCAAGCGCCGAGGAAGAUCUUCUGGAAGACUCCGCGGACUCGCGCAAGUCGCCGUUUCGCGUGCCGACGCACCGGCGUUCGUCCUCGAGAGCGAGCGACUCCUCGUUCGAGGAGAGUUUCGAGCGACUCGUGGAGGAGGGCGAGCUUAACGGCGCGAAGAUCGUCAAAUUCGAGAAGAUCACCGUGCGAAAAAGCGUGCGAGAGAUCAGCUCGACUCGAGACGAUCACGACAACGUGACGGUUAAUCAACGCGCGUUGACGGAAUCAAGCCGGACUCCAAGCGAGGAACACGCCUUCGACUCGGCCUAUCAGAGUCACAGCCACGGCGGCGUUCACGGCAGCAAAUCCAGCUCGAUCACUUCCUUCACGAGAUUUCCCUCGGAGGAAAGUCUGUCGCAUCGAAGAUGCAGCAGUCCCCGAGCAACGGCGGUCCAACAGCUGGACUUGCCGGACGACCGGCCGCCCUCGGAGUGGUACGCCGAGUAUCGCAACCAGAGCUUCCAGAAUGUCACCGCGAGGAUAGAAUACGUGCGCAGCAGGAGCGAGUACGACGCUCACAUAGCUGAAAUCAAAGACGAGCAAGAACGCGUGCAGAAGAAGACUUUCAUAAACUGGAUCAAUUCGCAUUUAUCGAAGAGAGUUCCACCGCUUCGUGUCGACGAUUUAAUCGAGGAUCUGAAAGACGGCACGCGGCUUCUCGCGUUACUCGAAGUUCUCUCAGGCGAGAAAUUGCCGGUCGAGAGAGGCCGCAACUUAAAGAGACCGCAUUUCCUCAGCAACGCCAAUAGCGCGCUGCAAUUUUUGCAGAGCAAAAAGAUCAAAUUAGUGAAUAUAAACUCAUCCGAUUUGGUUGACGGACGACCCCCGGUAGUGUUAGGCUUAAUAUGGACCAUUAUUUUGUACUUCCAGAUCGAGGAGAACACGAGGGCUCUCGAAUAUCUCGGACAGGCCUGGGGCAGUCAGAGCAGCCUCGAAAGUCUCGGCACUCAAAGCUCAGCGGCGAGCGAGAGAAAACGCAUAAGCAGCGAAAAGUGGAAACAAGGGGCGCGAAAAACCCUGCUUCAAUGGGUCACCAAUGCAUUGCCUAAGGACGUGAAUAUUCAAGUUCGAGACUUCGGUGAGAGUUGGCGAGACGGAAAUGCCUUUCUGGCUAUUAUCGACGCGAUUAAAGCCAACUUGGUGAACAUAGCGGCCAUGAGAGAAGCCACGAACAAAGCUAGGUUGGAGAAAGCUUUUCACGUGGCCGAAGUUGAGCUUGGCAUCGCUCGACUGUUGGAUCCCGAGGACGUGGACGUGCCGCAACCCGAUGAGAAAUCAAUCAUGACCUACGUCGCACAAUUUCUGCACAAAUAUCCGGAACCGGGUAACAAAGCUCCGGAUUCGUUCGCGGCCGUACAGGAGGAGUACGACGGUCUUCUCGUUUGGCUCAACGAGCGCAUCAGACAGCUCGAUCAGCUCGACAGAACGAACACAUUUCCGCAAAAUUAUUUGUUCUUCUUGCAGGAUUACAUGCUGUGUAGAACGGAGGCCGAUGAGAAAUUCAUCGUUUACAAGAAACUGCAGACUUUGGUCGACACGUCCAGCAUGAUAAGCAUCACGCGAGACUCCUGGAAGCACAUACAAAUGUUGUGGCAUCAAAUGGAAUUGCUCAUGAUGCAUUGGCUCUGGGCGUUAGACUCGGCGUUACCGGGCGAAUUGGGAGAGGCCGGUAGAUGGUUAGCGAAAGCCGAAGCUCUGUUGCAUUCGGACAACGACAUACCGACGGAAAUGAUGGACAGCACGGCGGGUAUAAUCUCGAACAAGCUGGAGGAUCACAAGAAGUUCUUCCUCGACCUGCCCGCAAUGACGGACAAGUUUCAGCGUGCCAAAAACUCGUUGCCGUUGGCGCAGCAAGUACAGUUGGAACACUUGGAGAACAUGUCCGCGCGUUUCAACAGCUUGCCCGAUCGUGCCGCCAAGAGAAAAACGAAAUUGAAGUUCUUGGAGCACAAAUGUUGUCUGAUAGCUUUCCUGUAUCUCGUCGAGACCAAGCUGAAAGGCUGGAACGUCAAGUACGGCACGGAGGAGAAAGUGCAUCAAAUGCUGGAGCAAUAUCGCAACUUUGUUUCGAAAAACAGAAUAUUUCAGGAGUUCCAGAAGGCUUACUUGGACAUGCAGCAAGUUGCCGAGGAGUACAAGAGAGAUGGCAAUAUUGAUCGAGAUGAGUGUCUCAAUAUCGAUCGCUUCAUGCGCGACACAGCUGAGAAGUGGAAAAACGUGUCGAUGGAUUUGCGAUGUGCUCAGAGCAUGCUCGAGGAAGUCGUCGCUUAUUGGCGCCGCUGGAACAUCGUUUCGGACGAAUUCGAGGCGUGGCUGCUUCGCGCCGAACCCGCCCUCAAUCUUCCAGAAGAGGAGAAAAUGGAAUUCUUUCAGGAUAUCAGCGUGUGGAAGGACAAGUACCAGCAGUUGUCCGACACCGUGAGUUUUCUGAUCGCCACGUCCGACGAGACGGUCGCUCUGCGUCUGAAGGAACGUUACGGAAAUCUGACGUCCAGAUGGGAGAAGCUAUUCCAAGAAGCCAAGCAGUACAUGCACGCGGGCGAUCUUAUUCGAACGAGAAAGGACUACAAGGCGGGCGUGGAGACUUUGCAGAACUGGCUGAGAAACGCCGAGUCCGCCUUGUCGACCACCGGACUAAGUUCGACAGAACGGAUCAAGGCCUACGGCGAGAAACUGCAGAUUCUUCACAACGAAGUCGAGGGCAUCGAGGAACUGUUCAAGAAUAUCAGCAAGAAGUUUCAGACCCUCAUCCAGGACCUGUCUCGCGACGAAGUCGACAAAAUGAUGAACACAUUGAAGAAGGAGAAAGAAGCGCUUAUUAAAGUACGCGCGCUGAUACCAAUGCAACUCCACUUGUAUCACCAACUGUUGGUGCAACAAGAAUCGCUCGAGACGGGACAGAAGGAGAUAUCCGCGUGGUUGGACGAAGCCGAAAACUUUUUGGCCAAUAUCAAUCUCGCGGGUGGUCGGGACGCUGCGUUGGCUCAAUUGGAACAUCACAAAGCCUUUUUCUCGAGAACGCUCUAUUACAAGUCCAUGCUGGAGUCGAAGAACAAGGUGUUCGCAAGCAUCGUCAAGACUGUGGACAGUCACGCCGAUGUGAACACGGCCGAGGGAGGAGCCACUCUUAGAGAACUCAACGAACGAUUUAACAAACUCUCGCAGACGGCGCAAACCUGGGAACAACGUCUUCAAGAAUCCGUGCGACGUUGGACCAAGUUCAGGGAGUGCGAGCGGCAGAUCUCCGAGUGGCUGUCGGUCGCGGAAACGAUGAUCAACGACAAGCACAUCGACAAUCGUCAAUCCGUGGAACAUCACAAAAAUUUCUUCGGCAAAGUCAACGAGAAAUGGAUACAAGAUCUGGUUAAGGCCGGUCAAGAUCUUCGAAACAUACUGCCGGCCGAUCAGCAACUUCCCAUUGCGAACACCGUGGAAGCUCUACAAAAUCGCUGGAAGGAGGUUCUUAUAUUCGCGCCGCUCCAUCUGAUGAGACUCGAGUUUCGUCUGGACGAAGCCAGCUUCUAUCAAUAUCUCAAAGAGAUCGAGAUGGAAAUCAAUUCCGAGCAGCAAGCGCUCAUUAACAACGACGAUGUGGACGGUAUUCAGCAACGCAACAAGGAGUUCUUCGUGAACCGCGGCACCGUGCUCGAGGUCGAGCGCUGUUUGCAGACUCUGAAGAGAAUUAGCGACGUUUACAACAAGCACAAACCGAAGGACACCAGUCUGAUCGACGCCGCGCAAAAUGCCGAACGUUUCUGGGAAGAAACCGCGCAGAAGGUGGAAAAUCUGAGGAAACAGUUGCGCGAGGUUCCGCAGCAAUGGGCAGCUUACAGACAGAAAUUCGACGAGAUGGUGCAGUGGAUGGAUCAUGUCGACAGUAUUCUGAGAACUAUUUUGCGCGAGGUGAACACUCUGGAAGAAUUCGAAAAGGAAAAGACCAUAUUCCAGAAAAUCUGCCGCGAGGCCGACGGCAAACGCGAGGAGAUGAAGUGGCUGGUUCAGACUCUCGAUAACUUGACGCUGAAUCGUUCGGAUCGCGAGGCGUUGACGGCGCAGCAGAACUUGGAGCAACUGAUAUCCCGCUACAAGAACCUGAUACCCACGAUCGAGAUAACAAUGACGAAAACGGACAUCUAUUCGAAGAGUUACACCUAUCGGAAGGAGGUGCGCGAGGUGUGCACCUUGCUGCGCACAGUUCGCGAGCAAUCGAAGGAAGAAGUCGCUCCGGAAAUACCUGAGAAACUGCAGAGCGCGUUGACCAAUCAGGAAUCCCGUUUGAAUCAAUUGGAACAACAGCGGGCGAACAUUGUCAGUAUGUUGCAACGCGGCAAGGAUCUUCUGAAGGAUCAGCACGCACCGCCGUUCGUGUCUUCCGAGGUCCAGCAACUUGAAAGCAAUUGGAACGACACGUACGGCCAGAGCAUGGAGACGCUCAAGUCUCUGAAGGACUCGCAGAAGCUCUGGAGCACCUAUCAGGAUCAGAAGAAUGAGAUUUCGAAACUGAUCGAACAGGCCGAACGGGAGUUGCGACAGAUGGAGUCGACGUCGUACUACGACGCCGCUCAAGUGUCUUCCGAUCUGCAGAAGAAACAGGAAUUCAACGAGAAUUUGAGAAAAGCGAGCGACGAGAUGAUGAGGAAACUGCGCGAAACCCACACAAAUCUCUUGCAAACCCUCAAACCGUCGAGCAAGAAGGAAAUUCUAGAGAAAGAAGUCACGGAAACGGAAAAGAAGGUCGAACACACGCUGAAGAUGGUGCGCGAGAAGGUGGUUUAUCUUCAGGAACACAGCGCUCGCUGGAACAAAUUUCAAUCGAAACUCAUGGAACUUCGAACGUGGACGCAGCAAGCCGCGCCACAGUCGAUCGCGGAUAUCGAAGAUUCCGCGGCUUCACCCGAGGAAAAAGUACGCAAAGUCGAGAACCUGCAGAGAGAAAUAAAGGAGAAGUCGUCUACUUUGAACGUUCUCGAAGACGAGUCCCGAAAACUCGUCAAAGAGGACACCGCACCGGCGGAACGACUGCGCCACGACAUCGAGCAUCUUCGCAAAUCGAUCGAGUCGCUGAACAAGAACGCGAUAACGCAACGCGAGGUGGUCACGCAAAAUCUCGCCAUGUGGAAAGAAUACGAGGAGGGUAUUCGGAAGAUAAAACCCUGGAUUGAGAAAGCGGAGUCCAAGGCAGCCGCGAUGGGCAGCAAACCCACCACUCUGAGCCAAGCCGCGCAGAUGUUGGAGUCAGCCAGAACCUUCCAAGUCCAGUGUCAGGAACAUCUUCCGAAGGUUCAGAAUCUGUCGACUAUCAGUCAGCAAAUAACCGGAAGAACGGUAGCGCCCGACGAGGUCGACGCGGUUCAUACGCGAUGGAACGCGGUUUACGACGUGGCGGUGCAGACAACGACCAAAUUGGACAAACUAGUUACGUCGUGGAACACCUUCGAGACCGAAACGAAGGAAUUUAACGACUGGUUGGAAACCAGCGAGGAAAAAGCUCGAAAGGAACCGAAUGUUCGAACGCGCGAAGCCGCCAAGCUCGAGGCAGAGUUGGCGCAGCUGAAAGCGUUCAACAAAAGCAUAUCCGAUCAUCAGGCCCAAUUGAUAUCGCUGACCCAGCUUUCCGAUCACAUCAGUCACGGGUUGUCGAUCGACGGUGCGUCCGCGUUGAAGAAUCGCGUCGCCGAGAUGAAGUCCAGAGUGAGCAAACUCGCGGACACCGUUCGUCAUCACAUCAAUCGCGUAUCCGAUUCGCUGUUGGCGCAACAAGAGUUUCAGAUGAAGAUAAUCGACUUCGAGAACUGGAUGACGAGGCUCAGAUCCAACAUCAACGAGCUCGAAGACGUUAACGUCGACAACGUCGACACGAGUCUGCAGGCGGUGCACGCGUAUCUUCAGGAACACUCGGAGAAACAGCCUGCAUUCGCGGUUAUCUACGACGAGAUCAAACAGUUGUCGUCCCAAAGUUCCGUGUCGGAAGCGGCCACGUUGGACGAGACCUACACGUUCUUGGCGAAGAAAUACAAAGCGCUCGAGGACGAUCUGCGAGAGAAGAAGAAAAGUCUCGAGAAGUGGAUCGAACUUUUGAACUGGCACAACGAGGCCAACGCGCAACUCAAUCAUUGCAAGUACGAGGCCGAGGCGAGAAAACCAACCAUCGCCGAUCUAAACAGACUUUCGUCGGAGCUCGAGAGUGUGCGCGCGAAGAUCAACACCUGGAACGAGCGCGUUCCGCUGAUGGACAGCACUCAGGGAAUACAUAUUCGCGACAAGCAAGGAAAACCGAUAACCGCGACCGCGCUGCUGAACGAUCUCGAGUCGAAAGCGACGGUGUUGAAGAGAGAAUUGUCCGCCAAACGCGACAAGUUGGAGAAUCUCGACGCCAAGUGGAACAACUUCAGAAAAUUGCAACAGAAAAUCACGGAACAGAUUGUUAACGUGCAAACGAAACUGCAAGACAUCACAUACGCCGUCGACGCUUGCGAGAAGCUCGCGCCGGCGAUCGAGCAAAUCGACGACCUGAUCGAGGAGCACCAGAGACGAGAACCGGAGAAGGAAGUUCUUCAUCGAGAAGGCGACAACUUGAUGAAAGAGGAUCAACGCGCGAUAACCAACAUUCAAGUGGUAGUUUGCUCGGUGGACGGCAACUGGGAAAAAGUCAACGAGCUUCUGCGCGAGCAGAGGAAAAAAUAUUCCGAGAUGGACGCCGAUUGGAAACAGUACCGGGAAGCCAGGGAGAAGUUGAACAAGUCGAUCGACGGUGCGAGAACUUUGUGCCAGUCGAUAAAAGACGUGUCGAUCGACAUCACCCAAGUCAACAUGGCUCUGGAGAAGCACAAGAAAGCCUCGGAGAUUCUGAAGAACGGCAAGCAACAUCUGGACAAGAUGGACGUCAAGAUGCAACAGAUCGCGAAGGAGGCGUCGUUGAUGCCAAACUUCAAGAUCAGUCCGAUCGAAUCGGAUCUGUCCGACGUGCGCAAGAAAUAUCACGAGACCUACGCGGAAGUGAUCGAUCGCACUCAACUGCACGAGACGCAAGUCGUCAUUUGGAAACAGAUCGAGGAUGCUAAACGCGAACUGAUCAAGUGGCUGAGCGACACGACGGAAGCUUGCACCGCGGCGUGUCAGCGUUUGCUCGACGCCGAACACGGACAAGCGCAACUGGCGAGAUAUCGUGAAGAAUUGCCGGCGCAGCAGCAACUUCGUCAGAGCAUCGCCACGAAGACCGAGCAACUCGUCAAGUUGAACGACGACACGGACAUACCGACUCUGAGAUGUCUCAACAAUUUGUUGGACGAUCACUUCAAACUUGUCCACGAAGCCGCUGACAAACUCGCGUCGCUCAUGUCGACGUUCAACGAGAAGGAAAAAGACGUCAAGCAGAACCUGAAGAAAUGCGGCGACGCGAUAUCGAAGAUACGCGAGGAGAUAAUCAAGUGCGACGAUCUGACCGGCGAGAACGUCAAGAUUCUGCACAGAAUCAACAAGUGUCAGGAGUUGAAGACCGAGCUGAACAAGUGCGAUCGCACGCUCGCGGAAAUCGACGAGAAACUGAAGAACAUGACGUCGGAUUAUCCAACUAUAUCCAAAUCCAGUCUGCCGAAAGAACUGCAGGCGUUGCAGCUCCGCAGAGACGGGGUGGCCAGUCACGCCGACAAGGUGAACGCGACCUUGGUUGCCUUCCUCGCGAAACUCUAUCACGAGAAAUUCGGCGUUCUGCAGCGCAUGGUUGCGACGCACAAGGAGAAGGUGGCCUGGUGCGAACCCGAGCAGAGCAGCGAUCGUUACAAUCUCCAAGUGAAGAUGACCUCGCUGGCGGACGUGGAAACCGGCAUUGCCGACUGCGAGGCGAGAAAAAUCGACACGGACAAUUUGCUGAAGCUCAUCGACACCGUCGAGAGCCCCGAGACCAUUUCGGAUCUCAGAAACGAGCGCGACAAGGUCGUCGCCGACUUGGACUCCCUCAAAGUCAGCUAUCGAAGAAUCAGAUCCGUGCUGGAACAGAACAUCGCUCUGUGGCAGCGAUACGAGGUCGCGUCCGAGAACGUGGUCGCCUGGCUCAAGGAGAACGAGAACAAAAUUCGAAUUGAAGCCACGACGCUUCUCAAUCCGGACAAUCUGGACGCGAAGAUCGCCGAGGUGAAGCAACUCGAGAAGGAGGUUCGUAACUACGAGGGCGAGAUGAAGAAUCUGAUCGCGCUCGGGGAGGAGAUCGCCAAGGUCAGUCCGGAGUCUCGCGUGACUCAUUACGUCGGACACUUGAACACGCGUUAUCAUUCGGUUCUCAAGUUCCUGGCCCAGCAUCUGCAGAGACUCGCGGAACUCAAACAGGUCAGAAGUCAGUAUCUCGCCAAUGUGAAAGAGUUGGAACAGUGGUUGCAAAAUGCGGAGCGAAAGCUGAAGACUUACGACGAGAUAAGCGGACCGAAACCGAUGACAUUUUAUCAAUCCCGACUGAAGGAACUGAAGGCGUUCAGAGAAGAGCGCGAAGCCGGACAAGUUAUCCUGAAUCGAACAGCGGAAACGGGAGAGGCGCUUUUCGCGAGAAUAACGCCGGAUCACAGAGAACUCAUCAGAGGCGAGCUGAGAAAUUUGCGCAGUGGCGUCGAAGCUCUGGCCGAUCGCGCGAACGCGAUUUACAAGAAGAUCGAGAGCGACAUGAUGCAUCGGUCCUCGUUUGAGGACAAAUAUUCCCAGGUGAAACAGUGGCUGAACGAAGCGCGAAAGAAGCUGGGAGACAAGCAGGAUCUGCUGCCGACGCUUCAGGAGAAGAAAAUCACGUUGCAUCUGUACAAAGCCAUCGCGCAGGACGUUGGAAUUCAUCGGAAUAUUUUGCAACAACUUCAAGACCGACUUGGCGCGAUGCCGGACGACGAGGCAAGCGAGAUGCUCAACAGCCUGAUCGAGGCGCACGAGAAACUGUCGGAAGACGUCGAGAGCCGAAUUAACAUAGCUGAAACCCACGUGACAAAUCACGAGGCUUAUCUCCAAACGUUCGAGAAGACUCGAGACUGGAUCAACACGAUAGUGAACGAGGCGUCGGCGAUCAGCGAGAACAUCUCGAUCGACCGGGACACAGCCAAGUCCAAAAUCGCUUUGAUCAACAACAUUUUGCAACAGAAACCCGAGGGCGACAGGAUCUUAGCCGACUGCAAUCAGCAACUGAACAUCGUUCUUGAGCAAACGUCGAUACCGGGUCACGCCCCGUUGCUCAAGAGUUUCGAGCAACAGAAGAAGAUCUGGCAGGACUUCCUUCAGCAAUGCGCGACGAGCAGAGACAAACUGAAUCGUCUGUUCGACCAAUGGUCCGAGUUCGAGAGAGUGGUCGAACAUCUGGAAUCCUGGUUGAAACAGAUCGAGGGCCAGGUUAAGGAUCAGAGCUUGAAGAGUACCGAGGAAACGAAACGCGUUCACAUGCAGAAGUUGAAGUCUCUCGAGGAAAUUAUCGUGGCGAAGGGUGCGGAGUUUAACGCGGCUGUCGAGAAGAGUCAGAGCGUGGAAGCGGAAUCCGAUCUGGCCGCCAGAGUGUCUCGUCAAGCCACCAGGUACCAAGCGAUCAGAAAUCAAGCGAAAGAGGCUGUCGCGAAGUACGAGCAGUACGUGAGAGAGCACGCUCUGUUCAACGAGAGAUACAAUCAAUUUCUGCAGUGGAUUACCGAGAUGGAGACCGAGCUGAGCAAACACAGCGAGAUCGUCGGCGAUCUGGCGUUGCUGCAGAGCAGACAGAAACACAUCAGGGAUCUUUGCGACGUUAGAACUCGCGAGAACACUCGCUUCGAAUCCGUCAUCGAUCUCGGCGAGAAACUCUACGUGCACACCUCGCCCGACGGCCGAGAGAUCAUCAGGCAACAGCUAAGAAAUCUGCGCAGCUUGUGGGACGGAUUCUCCGAGAAUCUUCAGAGCUCGAUGCAAAAGUUGGAUCAGUGUCUCAUGCAGUUCGCCGAUUUCUCGUUAUCUCAGGAACAACUCACCUCGUGGCUGAAGGACGUCGAGCGAGCGAUGCAUCAGCACACGGAGCUCAAGUCCACGUUGGAAGAAAAACGCGCGCAAUUGCAGAAUCACAAGAUCAUGCAUCAGGAGAUCAUGUCGCAUCAGUCGUUGGUUGAGUCGGUCUGCGACAAAGCUCAACAGCUGGUCGAUCAGACCAAGCACACGUCCCUCAACGUUUAUCUGUCGUCCAUCAAACAGUUCUUCCAGAGCAUCGUCGCCAAUUCGCGAGAGUUGUUGGAGAAUCUCGAGGACUGUUGCGACAAGCACCAUCGUUUCAAUCUUCAAUGCAAAUGCUUCUCCGAGUGGUUGAACGGAGAACGGGAGAAACUGGCCGAGUGCAACGACGUGACCGGCGAACGUUCCGAGAUAUCUCGCAGAUUGACGAGCCUCGCGGUGCUGAAGGAGGAUCAGGCGCACGGGGCGGAUCAUCUCGCGAAAUUGAAAGAACUCAAGACGUCUAUGGCGAAGAACACCGCGCCGAAGGGUCGGGAAGUUAUCGAUAAGGAAGUGACCGCUUUGGAAAAUAAGUUGCAGCAAUAUCUGAACGAAAUCGCGUACGUGGAGGAACGGCUGAGAACGGCUCUGGAGAAAUGGCAGAACUUCGAGGAUCAGUUGGAAGUUCACACAAAGUGGUUCCGUUCCAUGGAGGCGAUGUUUCGGGAUCAGCAGCUCCAGGCGACGUUGAAGGACAAAGAAGCCCGACUUAACGCGUUCAAGGACAAACGAGAGAGCAUCGCGCAACACGAGCGCAAGAUCGACGAGUUCGUGGACGAGUCGCACAGUUUGCUGCACACGAGCGGUAUCGCGCGUAUCAAACCCCUCAUCUCUCAAGUCAGCAACAGAUACCAGUUGCUGCUCGCGUUAAGCAAGGACGUGAUAAAUCAGUGUCAGACUAUCGCUGACGAGCAUCGCGCCUACGAGGAUAAGCUGCGAAUCAUCGACGAUUGGCUCACGUCUCUCGAGCGCAACCUCGACACCUUGAAGAAGGACGAGAUCGGCGAAGAUCUCGAGGCGAGAAAUUCGCGUUUGCAGGUUUUGCUGGCCGAGAAGGAACAGGCCGGACAUCGUUUGGCCGGAUUGACGUCUCUAGGCGAGAGAAUUCUUCCGGACACUUCAGCGCAAGGACGCGAAGCGAUCAGACACGAGCUGCGACACGCGCGCGAACGAUGGGACCGUCUGGCCGAGAGCAUCACCGAGCAACAGAAGAAGCAAGACGCGCGAUCUCUGCAAUGGUCCAGUUAUCAGGAAACUCUGCAGCAAAUUCUAGCCUGGUUGGACACCAUGGAACGCGCGGUUAAACAAGAUUCGUCGAUCGUGUGGUCGUCCCUUCAAGAGAUAAGAUCCAAAUUACUCAAACUUAAGACGGUGCAUCAGGAGAUUUUGGCGCACAAGCGAAUAAUCGAGGGCAUUUCCGAAAAAGCUAGCGCCUUGAUUCAAGUCGCUCAAGUUCCGUCAGACGUUCACGAGAAAGUUGUUUCGGUAUCGAAGAGAUACGAGAAACUGGUGGAUACGUCGCAGAAGGGAAUAUUCGGAUUGGAGGCAUUGCUCGAUAUUUUUCAACAAUUUCACGAUUUGCAAAAAGCUUAUCAGGAUUAUCAAAAACGUCAGUGGGAACGAUUGGCGAAUUACAACGAUUACACCGGGAACAAAUCCGCACUGCAAGCCAGAUUGGCCAAAGUAAUGGAAAUACAAGACAGUCAGAGCGAGGGCGAGAUCAGGCUGAAGGUUCUCGAGGAACACGUGGCGCAAAGCUCGCGCACUUUGCCACCGCGAUCUCAGGAAACCAUGGAACGAGAUCUGGCGAAUCUCAAAUUCGAGCACAAGAAAUUCGCUACAGCCGUGAGCGACGUCGUGCGCGGCAUCGAGGAAAGAAUACAGCAGUGGAGCGAGUACGAGAGCUCGUUGGAACGUUUGCUCACCUGGCUCGUCGACGCCGAAACGUCACUCAAGAAUUAUUGUCUUAAGAACACGCUCGAGGAGAAACAGGAGCAACUCGACAAGUAUCAAGAACUGCAAAAGGUCUCUGAUUCGCGGAACACGGACGUGACAGAACUGGUUGCGCUCGGCGAUCAUCUCGAACAAUCACUGAUUGCGAAUCUCCGACAAAACGAGGCGGAAUUCGACAAAAUGAACGACAAUUCGUCGGAGCUGAUGCAGAUAAGCGGCGAGACCAGAUUUUCCGCCAGUAUUCAACAAGUCACGUCGCGUUUCCAAUCGAUUCAAGUGACCGCCAAGGAACUCGUAAAGAAGUGUGAACAAGCGGUCGCGGACCAUGCGAGCUACUUGGAUCGUUACAAGCAAUGUUCCGAGUGGUUGGCAGGCACCAGAGCGCGUUACCAAGCCAUCAGGGAAAACGCAAGCGGUACCCGUCAGGAGUUGAUCUCGAACGUUGACGUCUUAAGGGAGAUUCUAGCUCGUCAGUCCACAUCGACGGUUCUGAUAAACAGCUCCGUCGAGGCUGGGGAACGAUUGUAUCCAACGACCGGCGCGGAGGGUCGAGAAAUCAUUCGCCAGCAACUGUCGGAUCUUCAACAAGCCUUCGAGGAGUUUUACGACGGCGUGGCGUCGACCGAGCGAGAGUUGCAAGAGAAGAUUUCGCGAUGGUCCGGUUUCGACGAGUGCAGCGAGGCCUUUGAAAAUUGGCUGAAGACAGCGGAGGCUCAGUUGAAGCGGGAGAUCGAAUUGAAGACCACCUUGGACGAGAAACGCGCCCAGUUGCAGAUCUAUCGCACAAUCUUGCACGACGCUCAAACGCAUCAGCAGGAUCUGUUGGAUUUCCGAGACAGGGCGGACAAUCUGCCGGAUCGAACCGACAGGAUCGAUCAGACGCUCAACAGUUUGACAGAUCGGUACAACGCGUUGCUGAAACGCGCGACCAAAUUUGUGGAGAGAUACGAGGGCAUAGUUAGCGAUCAUCAGCAGUACAGCAAGGCUGUUCUAGACACCCACGAGUGGUUGGACGCCACGCACAACGCCGUGAGUCUGUGGGGCGAUGUGGAGUUGGAAAGAGUGUCUCUGCACACGAAUCUGGACCGUUUGAAGAAUCUGUUGCAUAGUCUGCCGGAGGAUCAGUCGCGGGUGCAACAGAUCAGAUCGUUGGGCGAGAAAGUGAUACCCGGCACUCUGGAAUCGGGACAGGUGAACAUACGAUCGCAAAUCGAUUCCUCGCAACAGGAAUGGGAAGGUUUGAUAUCCGCCGUCAAGUCCACGAUCGAGGCGCUCGAGAGCAAACUUCAGCAAUGGAACGAGUUCGAAACGUCGAAGGAACAGUGUCUGGCGUGGAUGAGGGACACCGACACGAAGUUGCACGCUGUCGAUCUCAAGCCUACCUUAGCGGAGAAGAAGAACCAACUUGAAAAAUUGCGCGCUCUUCAGGGCGAAGUUCGCGCCAAGGAACUCGAGAUCGACGCUGUUGCCGAACGAGCUCAGCAGCUUCACAAGAACGUCACUUCUCGCACGUCCCACAUGUCGGAAUUGAGCAUCAAGUAUCAACAGAUCUCGAACAAAAUCAAAGAUCUCAACAAUCGCUGGCAUCAGUACGUCGCCACGCAUCAAGAUUUCGACAAUCAACUGGCAGAAUGUACCACUUGGCUUGAAGACAUUAGAAACAAACUGGCCUACUGUUCCGACUUGAGCGCAUCCUCGCAGAAAGAUCUGGAGCGAAAGAUGGAUAUCGUGCAAGACCUGUUGUUGUACAAAGAAGACGGUUUUGCGAAGGUUCAGGGUAUCAUUGAACUGGCUCAGGCUGUUCUAGCGAAUACAGCUCCAUCCGGUCAUCAAGCGAUCAACGACGCUUUGGCGAGACUUCAGGAACAAUGGAGCGCCUUGGCGUCAAAGAUGCUCGAGACCAAGACGAAUUUGGACGACUCGAUUAACAAAUGGGCCGGUCUGUUGGAGCAAAUACAAUCUAUCAACAAGACGGUCGAGUACAUGCAGACGUCGAUCGACGAGAUAUCGCAGUUUCAGACAACGAUGUCGGAGAAGAGGAGCCAAUUGGAACGGAUCAAAGCGCUCGAGGAAAAAGUUCGCUGCGAGAACAUCGAGGUCGACAGUCUAAAAAGCAAGGUCGCGGAAAUGAUCGCGAGCGGUCAGCAAGGACUGGCUGCUUUGCAAGCUCAGGAUAUACUGAACAAAUUUGACCAACUGUUCGAGAAGAUUAAAUCUCUGUUGACCGAACGGGAGGAACAGUACAAGGAUCAUCGUCUUUACAAAGAAGCGCACGACGAUCUCAUCAACUGGCUCAGUCGCGCGCGCGAGAAGAUACCGUCUAUGAAACAAAGAUCGCUCAGCGACAAGCUGGCGAUCGAGAACGCGGUCGGGCCUCUCGAAAGUCUCUUGAACAAGAAAGCUCAGGGCGAAUUGCUCGUGGAACAUUUGCAGCACACCGGAAAGGUCGUCUGUGCCAGCACCAGCCCCGCCGGGCAAGAAGUGAUCAAAAAUGAAAUACGAGCACUUACGGAAAGUUUCGAAGGACUGUUCAAAGAAAUUCAACAGCAGAAAAAUCAACUGGAGGCUACUGUGAGCCAGUGGCGCGACUACAAAGACGAAUACGAGAGACUGAGCGACUGGUUGCAGCAAUUCGACAUUCUCAUCAAAGCUCAGAAAAAUGCUCUUUUGCCAAAUUUGACGGAAAAGAAGAAACAGGUUCAAGAAGUGAGAGAAUUGCUCGACAAUCUGACGAAAGGCAAGGAGCAGAUUGAGAAAUUCAACAAGACCGCGGCCGGUCUGCUUUCGUCUCAUCUGGACACUUACGUCAACAACCAGCUGCGUCAUUUGAAUUCGCGUUAUCAGGUUCAAGUGAAUCUCGCUAAAGACGUGCUGAACAAGGUCGAGACCAAUUUGGCGCAGCAUCAGGAAUACGAGAGCAAUCUCGAAAAGGCUCGCGGUUGGAUCGACAACGCCAAGCAGAUCAUACGUCAGGGAACGGAAGCGGCCUCGAGCAGCAGUCGCGAGGAAUUGCAGAGCAGACUCGAUAAGAUUCAGGAAUUGUUGAGAAAACGCGAAGAGGGUCAGAAUCUGGUGCACUUGACGGUUAACUGCGGCGAGAAGGUGAUGAGAAACACACGAUCGGACGGUCGCGAGGAGAUCAACGCUCAGUUGAAGGAGAUACAAAACGACUGGGAACGUCUGGUGAAGAAGAUCUCGACCACGAAGGUGCAUCUCGAGACGAGUCUGCUCCAAUGGGCGGAUUACAGUUCGUCUUACUCGCAGUUGCAGCAGUGGAUCAACGAUCGCGAGGCUAAACUGCAGCAGGUGUGCGAGCAAAAGGUCUCGAAAGCUCGAAAGGGUCUCGCCGGAUUGAGUUCGUUGGCGAUCGGAGAAAGAAAAGCGAAUCUGCGACAAACAAACAGCAUCGUUCAGGAUAUCGUGGCAUUCGAGCCGAUGAUUCACUCGGUUACUACGAAAGCCGAGGACUUGCAACAGGCAACACCCGCCACGGAGAUUUCGAUCAAGUACGAAACUCUGAGCAAACAAGCUCAGGAAUUGUACGCGAAGCAGAAGGAGACCGUUGAGCAACAUCAGGCGUUCAUCGACAGUGGCAACGAAUUUAUUCAGUGGAUAAGAGCGGCCAAGGAGAGACUCGGAAAGUGCUCGGAACCUACAGGCGACAAAGAGUCUCUGGCUAAUAAGAUCACGCAACUCAAAAUUCUGCAAAGCGAAUUGUCAGACGGCCAAAAGAAGUUGGAAAAGGCUCUGGAACAAGGUAAUGCGGCCUGUCAGAUCGCGGAUGACGAAGACAAAGAGAUAAUUGAAGAAGAAGUUGCACUGUUGCAAGAAGAAUACGACAAUUACGUAGAUUCGUUGAAUAACACCAAGAGCUUGCUCGAGGUCGGUAUAGUAAAGUGGACCGAGUACGAGGAUCAGUUCUCCGAGGCCACGGAAUGGCUCACGCAAACCGAACAGCUGGUUCAAACAUUCAACAAGUUGCAAGACAGUUUGGAAGAGAAGAAGAACGUUCUCGAACAAUUUCAGGUUCACUUGCAGACGCUGUUUGACUGGCAGAAGGAACUGGACCGUUUGAACAUGAAAGCUCAAAUGCUGUUGGAAACCUGCGCGGACACGAGAAUUUCCAAUGCCAUCACGCAAGUCACCACCAAGUACAACACACUUCUGUCGCUCGCCAAGGAAACAAUGCGGCGAUUGGAGUUGCAUUAUCAGGAGCACCAACAACACAAUACUUUGUACCAAGAAUGUCAGGAUUGGAUCGAGCGUACGCGAGAAAAGUUGAACGAGUGCAAAGACAUUCCUAGCGUGUUAACCGAAGUUAACAACAAGUUACACACGUGCAAAGCUAUUCGACAGACUUUGGAGCAGGGACAAAACAAAUUGCGUUACGCUCUGGAGCUGAAGGAGAAGGUCAUUAUGAACACGGAACAGAAUGGCGCGGCGAAAAUUCAAGAAGACACCGAAACCUUGAAAGGCGACUUCGACAAGCUGUUAGCCGAUGUCGACGACGUCAGACAGAGACUCUCGGCAAGAGCUAGCUUGCUGGAGGAACUCAACAAGAUUCAUCGAUUUACGUCAGACUGGUUGGACGAGGUUCAGGGCAAAGUUCAACCGGGAGACGUGUGCAAAAAUGAUCUCAGUGAGAAACGUGCUCUGUUGGAGAAAUAUAAAAUUCUCCAGAGAGACAUUCACGGUCACGGAGAGACGGUGGAUCGUCUAAAGACUCGUCUAAGCGAAAAUCCAAGUAUAACGAAAAGUCCUUACGAAGCUACCAUCAACAAAUACGACAGCUUGAAGAAACUGAUAUCCGAGAAGAUUCGCAGCUUGGAGGAUCAAGUCAAGGAUCACGAGAAGUUCCAGCAAGCUCUGAGCGAGGCGAGCGAUUGGGUGCGUCGCACGAAGGUAGAACUUCAACAAUACAGCGACACUCACGGCGAGAAGGAUCGAAUUAUCGAACGAGAAAAUAAAGUCAAUCAAAUCAUCUCGUCUCUACCGAAGGGCGACACGUUGAUCUCUAAAGUGAUCGAACUGAGCGACAUUGUGAUUCCCCAAACAGGUCCCGAGGGUCAGGCCUCCAUCAAGCAGGAUAUGAAGCAGAUACAGGCUGACUGGAAGUCUCUCCAGGUUCAGUGUCAGGAUUCGCAGCGCGUUCUCGCCAACUGCAUCUCGAGCUGGUCUCAGUUCACGAACGCGUUGGAAGGUAUGAAGGGAUGGAUAGAUCAUUUUCAGAAGAAAAUCGCCGACGAACAGACCAGAACCGACAAAACUCCGGAGGAUUUGGAACGCUGUAAACGUUUGGUGGAAGAGGCGGUUAAGCAGAAACCAGUCUUGGAAGAUUUGAACGACAAGUGCGAAGCUCUGUUGGAGGUCAGCGCUUGUAGUUGGGCGCGGGACAAAACGGUGCAACUGCAGUCGGCUUACACAUCGCUUCUGACUGACGCGCAAGGACUUGUUUCGAGAGUCGAGAAGACUCUGGCGGAUCAUACGGAAUUUUUGAAGGCAAAGAAAGAAUUGGAAGAUUGGCUACGCACGGCUCACGGUUCAGUGGAAGACUGCAUCGGAGUGGGAGACACAGCGUGGGCGAAGGACAAAUUGGAAACCUUAAGGCUGGUCGCAACGCGUGUGACUGAAGGUCAACAUCUACUGUCAACGUUGCAAAACGCCUUCGCAAAGGCGAUUAACAUGGCUCUUCCGGAGCAACAAGAUCAGCUACGAUCGGAUAUGUCCAGUCUGCGUUCCAGUUGGGAACAGUUGAGCAUGGACCUCAAUACGGUUCAGGCGAAAAUAAAGUCAGUUCUGAGUCGUUGGGAGGAUCACGCGGAGGCUCUUUAUAAAUUCGCGAAAUGGUUGGAAGAGAGUGAGAAUGUCGUCAAAAGUUCUCCAGAUACGAAGGGCGAGGUUGGCGAAAUGAAAACGAUGCUGGAACGAUACAAACACAUUCAAGAAGAGAUUCACAACAAAAAAUCCGACUUGGAUCAUCUACUGGCAGAGGCAACGGAACUGUCGGCAUGGGCAAAGAACAACGCGACGCUGAACGAGACGAAGGAGCUGCAAGACCGUUGGCAGGCGCUGGGCAAGCUGAUUGACGAGAAGAAAAAGCUCGUUGAAAAUGAGAUACAACGAUACAACGCGUAUCACGGGGCUUUGCAGGAAACGGAGAAGUGGCUGUUGCAAAUCUCCUUCCAAUUGAUGGCCCACAACUCUCUCUAUAUCACCAACAAGGAGCAAACCCUCGAGCAGAUUAAGCAGCACGAAGGUUUGCUAAACGAAAUCGAGAAUUAUCAAGAAGUGUUGGAGGAGUUGAAGGCGAAGGGUCACGAUCAAAUAGAUCGAUAUGUCAACGCAAACCCCGCGAUUAGAUCCACCAUAGAGACACAGUUGCAAAACGUUCAGGACAGUUACAACUCGUUGCUGAACACCGCUCUGCAAAUCAAGAACAGAUUAGCGGAAUCUCUGGCCAAAUUCCAGGAGUACGAAGACACUCUGGAGAGCAUAAUGAAAAAUCUGGACGCGUACGAGGCGGAAAUGGCUCGAGAACUGGACGCCCCGUUGGAUAACUUGACUUCUGCCGAGCAGAGCCUCGAGAGCGCUCGCACAUUGCACAACAAACUCCAAGCCGAGAAAUCCCGACUGGCCUUGGCGGUGGAAGCUUGCGAAGCCGCGGCCGCGUGCGUGUCCAGACCCGGAAGUCCCCUAGACGCUCCACCUAUUCAGGUUCCCGCUAGAGAGGUCGAAGUUAGAACGAGACUCGACGAUCUCAUCGAUCAGAUGCAAACGCACUUGGCGAACGUGGCGAAGACGGUGGGCGAACUCGAGGAACAAGCGCGACAGAAGAACACGCUGCGCGCUUGGAUCACUCAACAACGGGCUCUCUGCGCCGAGUGGAACUCGAGACCGGCGAAAUUGCGAUCGGAAGCUGCUCAGGCUGAAUUGCAGGCGAUGAACGAAUUGCUCGCUAACGUGGACGAACGUCGCGCUCGCACCUUGACCGAGAUGACGAUUCACGAGGAUGAUCGGGAUAUCGAGGACGGAUUGAACAAGCUUGAGACCGAACUGACCGACGCAAUUGCCAGAAAACAAGCGGCGCAAGAUCUCAUACAAAAGUACAGAUCGCAAGUGCAGGAUAUACAAACGUGGUUCGACAGUCUGACGAAGAAGAUCGACGUGCUCGAAAAGGGCAGCGGACUCGCGAUCAAUCAGAAGAUCUCGAAUCUCAAAGACAUCACCGCCGAUUUCGAGUCUCAGGGACCGGAGAAACUCGCUGAAAUGAAGAAACUGGGCGAUCAAGUGAUGGACUCGGUCAGCAAUUUGGAUUCUCAACAAAUCGAGGAACAAAUCAAAUCGGUUGAGAGAAGAUACGCGGACAUCAGCAAGAAAUUGCAGAGAAAAGCCCAGGUUCUGGACAUGACGGCUCAGGGUAUCGAAGCGACCAAGCGAGAGAUCGAGGAGAAUCGCGAAUGGAUCGAGCAGAAGAAGCAGCAGAUGAAAAUGCCCGAACUGCUUGGCUUCGAGAGCAAACAGGCCGAAGAAAGACUGCUCGCUCUCAAGGCUAUGCUGAAAGAAGCGGAGGGAAAACAAUUGAUCAUAGAUACGUUGGAGAAGAGAGUCGGGAAUAUGCAGAACGAAUUGGAAACCAGCGAGCAACAGCAAUUGGAAGCCGACACGAAGAGUUUGCGCGGCGAACAGGUUGAAUUGUGCACAAUUCUGAGAGAAGAAAUAUCCGUGGCUAGCGCGGCGGUCGACGCUCGUCGCAAAUUGGAAGCCGAUAUCGAACAGGCUCGAAAUUGGAUAAAGUCCAAAGGCAACGAUCUCAAGAAGCUCAGCGGAUACCUGCCUCUCAAAGCUUCCAAGGUCGAGCAAGAUGUUGCGCAACACAGAGAUCUCCAGACGGAAAUCAAUUCUUUCAACGACACCAGUCUUAAGGACAUUCUCAAACAGGGACACAAUUUGUUGAAAGACUGCAACGCGGAAAGUCGCGCCAAACUCCAGGCUCUUCUCGAUGAUCUGAGCAAGGAUUAUGACGAACUACAGAGAGUGGCGAAGGAAAAACAAGCCUCGUUAGCGGAUCUUCUUCAGGGACGCAAGAGUUUCGAAAACGAAUUGGACAAGUGCCAACGGUGGAUCAAGGAAGCCGAAGUAGCCACUUCAUCCGAAUUGCGACCCUCCAGUCUUGACAUUCUACGUGAACAACUUGCCAAGUACGAUCGCUUGAAGAAGGAGGCGCAAGAAUACGGCGACGACAUAGAGAAGAUAAAUCAACAAGGAAAAUCGAUAUUGCCAACCGUGAGCUACGCCGAUAAGCAAGAACUGAACGAACAGUUGAAGAACAUGAAGGAAGCUCACGCGCGAAUAGCCGGCGUGAUAAGCGACAGAGCCGCGGCGUUGCAAAAGAGCAUAGACGAAGCCGAGGAAGCUGCCGCGCGAGUUGCGGAAGCGAUUCAGUUCAUGACGGACAUACAGAAGGAGCUUCAAGACCUCAACAAACCGAUUGGCUCGCGCGUGGAAGACGUGGAAGGAAUGCUGACCGCUUACGAGAGAAUUCUGGACGAUCUCAAAGCGAACAAGGCCAAGCUGUCUGAUCUUCAAUCCGCCAACGUCGGAGAUCUUCACGGUGUACUUGCCCAACAGGAUGAUCUGAUAAGAGCGCUCGAGGCGCAGAUAGCGAAGCUACGUCAAUUGUUGCUGCUGCGCCAGCAAUUCAUCGCCCUGAUCGCGGAGAUCACCACCUUCAUUGCCAAAUACACCGAAAUCGUCAGGGACAUCGAGAAGGCCGGACAGACGACGGAAGACAAGAUCAAAAGGUACGAUGACGUUAUACUGAAGAUUCAGGAAUGCGAAGCCACUCUGGCCAGCGCGACGGACAAGGGACAGCAAAUAGCGGCGGAGGGUUCGGUCGUGGACAGAAACAACGUGACCGAGCAGUUGCAAUCGUUGAAGCAACAAUUGCAGGCACUUCGACGAGCGGUGGAAACGCAAAGGGAGCAACACGAACUGGCCGCGGCGGAGCACAGGAGACUCGCCAACGAACUGGCCGACAUACUCGACUGGUUCGAAAGCAAGGAGAAGGAGGUCAAGUCCAGACCGCUGUUGGAGAGAGAUCCGGUCAGCGUCGAGACGGAAUUGAAGAAGCACCACGCUCUUUGCGCCGACGUGAACGAACAUCUCGACAGAAUCAGAAAGUUGAAGGAAUCGGUGCGUCACGAAGAGGGCAUGCCCGGAUCGUUGAAGGAGAUGCUGAGCGAGGCGACGUCCCUGCUGACGUCUAUGCCGCGCGAGAUGGAAGAGCGCGGAAAUUAUCUCGAAAGUAACAUGCAGAUGAGACUGGAUUACGCGGCUCUAACCGACAAGCUCAACGGUUGGGCUCGCGAGGCCGAGAUUCGACUCGAGAGCAACAAGGAAGGUCUCGACUUCGAAAACAUUCUCAGCGAUCUGGAAGAGCAUAAGAUAUACUUCAGCACCGAGUCUUCGAUACGCGAACUCGUCUCGCAGCAGAUACAACAAGCGGCCGACAAGAUCUGGCCGUCUCUGGACAGUUACGAGCAAGAGGAACUGAGCGCCCAGCAACAACAGCACACGCAGCUGUUGAAAAACACUCUCAAUCUCGCCAAGUCGCAACGUUCGCAAUUGGAACAGGGCGCGGAGAUGUGGCGAGAUUACACGCAAAGCUUGGAACGCGUUCGCGCCGUCAUCAGCAGGACGAGAUUCACGGACGAACCGGUUACCACGUUGGCCGGACUUCAAUUCAACAUUCAAAAAAUUACGCACGCCCUCAACGACAUUCAGAACCAACAGUUCGAACUGGAUCUUUUGAACGAGCGCGGACGGGAGGUUCUACGAUUGGCGAACGAUCGCAACAAAAAAGCGAUAGAAUCGCAACUUUCCGAGAUUAAUUCGGAAUGGUGCGAAUUGGUCUCGGGUCUCGAAGGACGCAGAGAUGCGCUCGAGGCUCUGUCGCGACACUGGGAAGACUUCGAGGCGCAAUGGAAUCUCAUCGAGACGCGAUCGAGCGCGAUCGAGGAAAAGAACAAGCUCGUCGACUCCGUGGUUCGGUCGAAACAACACAUGCACGACACCAUCAAAGCGCUGCAGGAACUCGUGGCGGAGGCGGAAAAACUCAAACCCGCAACCGAGGAGGUGAAAAGCUUGGCGGGACCUGUGCUCGCGUAUCUCGCCGCGUUUACAGAAGCGCCCGCUCGAAGUCUCGAGGAACGUCUCGAGAAGCUGCACAAGUCCGUCAAAUCACUUGUCAGCUCGCUUUGUGAGAAGUCCGAGAAGGCAAGCGAGGAUCUUAAGGCGCUCGAGAACGUCGAGCGCGAGACCGAGCGUUUGCGAAAACGGCUGAACGAGGCGCGCGAGAAAACCUCAAAUCUAUACGUUUACGGUGUCGAUCAGGACGCGACCGAGGACGAGCUGAACGAGCUGCGAUCCCAGGUCGAGGAUCUAGUCGACACCGCCAAGAAGUUCUCAGGAAGCACUAAGGCGCGGUACCAAGCUAGCCAGCAGCUGGUGCCGAGUGACAUUGUUCAACAUCUCACGGCCCUCGAGCUCUGUGCCGAGGCUACAGCACAGGCGAUGGAGGAGAAACAGAGGGAGCAGAAACGUGCCCGAACCACCAGGUCGGAUUAUCUGGCCGACGUGGACGAGGUGCAGGCAUGGAUUCGCCAAGCCGAGCUCAAGGUGCAGGACAGAUCGGUCGAGCCGACCGUUCUUAGGGAGCACCUUAGGCAGAUACAGAACGAAUUGGGAACGAUUAGCGACAAGCUCGAACGACUGACGAGCAAUGGGCAAACCAUCGUCAAGAACACGAGAGAUAACGCCGAGAAGGAACUGAUCAACAGAACGAUCGACAAUUUAACCGAUCAGUUGGCGCAGGUCAAGAGCUGGCUGGAAGAGAAGAAACAGAUUGUGGGCGACACUCUGGACGCCUGGCAGAGGUUCCUCACGCUUUACGAAGCCGUUAAAGCGUGGACGGAAGAGAAGAGACAGUUCUUAGUCGAGCCGCUUGAGCUCAGCUCUCUCGUGCAAGCCAAACAAAGACUGCACGAAUAUUCGACGGCGGUCAAGAGCUGCAAGCAAGUGAACAAAAAUCUCAGCGACAUGGGAAGAGAAUUGGAGAACAUCGGUCAGGUGACCAGCGUGGGCGAUCUACCGGAGAAACUGGCCGAGGCGGAAGAGGGGAAGGUUCAGGUCGAGGGUCAGCUGUUGGAAAGGAACGCGCUGUUGCAAGAGGCCAGCGAAGAGUGGGAGCAGUGCGAGAGGAAGAUGAAGGACGUGCGGAGCUGGAUGGACAAGGCCAGGCAGACGCUCGACUCGCCCCAGAACAAGAAGAAGCCGCUGCGCGAUCAGCACGCGAUACGCGAGAAAAUGCUCAGCGACAUCGCGAUCCAAAAAACGAAGAUCACGAUCUCGGUGGAGAAGCUCGAGGUGCACUUCAGAUCCGGCAUUGGCGGUGACAACCGGGUCAAGGACACCGCCGACGACCUGAUCGCCGAACUAAACGGUCUUCACAGCACCGUCAAAGAACAAACGAGUUCUCUCGAAGUUUGUUUAGCGCAGAUCGAUCAGUAUCAACAGGAGAUACAACAAUUGAGGCAACAAAUCGUGCAGGUGGAGCAACAACUGAGAACGGUACUCAGUCCGACGUACUUGCCGAACGAUCGCGAGAAAGCUCUUCAAGAGCAGCAGACCCUGCAGCAACGGAUGGAGGGUUGGAAGCAACGGAGCAAGAUACUGGCGGAACAGAUACACGCGGUGGAUCCGUACUACGUGCUCGAGACUCGGUUCGUCGUUCAGGCCUCGUACGCCGACAUUGCAGCGGGACGUACCAAUAGCCCGAGCUCGAGAAACUGUAGCCCGUACAGACAGCAACGCGACGUCGCCGCCGUCGCCGCCACGCAAGUGUUGCGACCUACGAUGAUUGCACAGAAGCUGACCGCGGAAUGUUAUUCGCCGAAUAACGAGGCGCAAGUUUCGAAGACGCGAUCCCAAGAGAGGAAUCACGAGGCUCGCGACAAGUCGGUGGGACGGAUCGAAAUACGCGCGGAAACGAUGGACGAUCGAGACACUCACGACGACGAUAGGCAACAGGACGUGCCUGACGUCGUUGUCGAAUCGUCGUUGUCGUCGUCGUCCGUGUCUCGACGGGGACGGUCGCUCACGCGCAAACCAACCACGUCCAAGGCGAGAGACUCGGCGAGGACAACGGCGUCCGAAAGAGACGACGUCAAAAAAACGGAAACAAACGCGAAGAACACUCUGACGCUUAGCGAGGAACGAAGAGGACGUUCGCCGAGUCCCAUGUGGGUUCCCGGUUCCACCUCCUACGCCGACAUUCUUCGCGGAUGCGCGCAGCAGACGCAGAUUACAUCCACGAUGGAGCCGCCAUCCUCGCAGGAGAUGGUUCCUCUGUCCUCGGGAGAAUCUCUGCGCGAGCGCGCUCAAGUUUCUUACCCGGAGAAGACGGAGAACGAGUCCCCGGACGAGAUCCAGCAGGUUCCAGCGACGACGCAGGAAAUGGAGAAUCACGCGCGUGAAGAUGAGAUUUAUCAGCAGCCUUCCGAAAUUUCCGCGGAGAAAGUUGAGGAACCGAAUUAUGAAAAAUCCGAAGCAACCGACUGGUCCGACGAGGUCCAACUGGAAGAAUACGACGUUCUGCAACACGUGAAACAGCAACCAACGGAAAUAUUCGAGUACAUGAUACCGGAACCGAUGCCGGAACUCGUGGGUUUCAUCGGAUCGCCGCUCGGAACUUACUCGGUGGGCUCGUACGUUUACGCUCCCCCGUCAUCCUCCUCCGGUCAUCAAAUCCAACAACUCGACGCAAUCAAUUUGCAUCCGUCUUACAACGACGGUUCCUUGGCUUACGCGCCAACGACGGAGCAUUACGUCGCGCAAACGUCCGCUUAUCUAUCGUCGACACCGGAGAUCUAUCAGCAGACCUCGUCGUUGCAGCAUCAAUGUCCCGUCGUCGAUCAUCACGCGAGGCACACGAUUCCGAGACUGGUGGAGAAUCCUGUCGCGCAACAAAUAGACAAUGCGCAAUCGAAAGUUUCCAAAGACGCGAUCGAAACCGAAUCCGAGGAAUCCGCGGACGCGGAAAUUUCCGUGACGAACAAAACGGAACAGGACGCGACGUCGUUCGGCAACACCGAGAAGAGAGGAGGAGGCCAGGCGUUCUCGUACGCGCAGAUUCUCUCGCAGGGACUCGGCGCGCGUGUCCUCACUACGACGCGAGUCGCGAACAAAUCGCCGGUCGCGGAUCGUCGGACUAAAGAGCGAGCCAAAUCGUCCAACUCCGUGUCUCGCGAGUCGUCGCCGUUGAAAUCGAAAUCCGAGAAUUCGGACUCGCAUCCCUCGGUCGCGACGAAACACGAUCAGCCAGCGAGACAGUCCAACAAGGACAGCGACUGGGACACGAUGAAGAAGCGAGAGAUCAGAAAGAAACAUCAACAAUUGAACGACAAAUCACCGCGAACGGAUCACGAGAACAAAUCGCGAAGAUCAGCGGAUAAGAAGCAACAAAAGAAGGAAAGAUCGAGUCCGCCGCAAUUGGCGGAAACGCGAGAUCGGUCCGAACUGCUCGACGAAGCGAUCGAUAAAACUGACGACAAUUCGGCGAUGAAAGAGGAAAUACCGGUGUUCGAGGAGGAGGAGCAACGAGCGAUCGACUCGACGGAGGUGGAGGACCCGGUGAGUCCCCAGCGGGAAAAGAAACGCAAGCAAAAGAAGAGGAAAACGGACAAAUCGGUGGGGGACGAGAUCGACAAGGCUCUGAGAGAGAUCGAAGAUAUGGACAAGCAGAAAUCGAAGAUUCAGCAGAAGGAAAAGUUUGUCAAAGAACAGAUCAAGUCUCAGAUCGAUCCAGUUGGCGAGUGUGAAAAAUCGAAAGUCGACAGAAGACACAAAAGUGACAAGUCGAUGAAAAAAUCGGGCAAGUCCAAAGAAGGGACGAGAGCGAGGGACGAGGACGUGCCGGUCGAACAACGUUUGACGACGAGUCGGAAACCGACGGAUCGAGGCGUGACGGAAGAAAAAAACGUCGAGGGAAACGCCGCGAGAGCUUCGAAAGACGAGGAGAACGUUCAAAAAAUGGACAACGUCGCGGAAUCAACGGAUCAACAGAUUGGCGGAAAUAUUUCGGAAAAAUCCAAAACGAAACGCAAACACAAACCGAGCAAGAACGCGAGAGAACAAAAUAGAGAAGUUGUUCUCGAAAAAAACAAAACCAAUCAGCAACAAUCGGAGAACGAUAGCAAAUUAGACGAAAACAACGCGUUAACAAAAUUGUCGGUCGUUGACGAAAACGUCGAUCGUCCGGAAAAAAACGCGGCGGACGGGAAACAAAGCGCGGCCGCGAAAAUCGAAAUUGCGAGGAGGAAACAGAGAGAAAACGAUUCGAGAAAAGAGAAAACCAAGACGAGGUCCAAGGAGCUUUCGAAACCGGAAGCUGAGAACGACGUUAAAGAACGCCGAGACAAAUUCGAGAUUAACGUCAAAGAUAUACCGGACGACAAAUCGAUCGAAGGACCGAUCGACGAGAUAAAAGAAGAUCCCAAGUCGCAGAUCCACGCGGGAACAACGGACGAAACAAACGAGGAAAGAAACGCGUCGAAACUUGCGGAAUCGCCGGUCGCUCGAAACGUCGAGUCGGAAAAUACGGACGAGAAAUCGGUUAAAAAAAUUGAAACUGCAAAGAAGCAAAGAGACGAGUCGAAGAAGAAGACGAGGUCGAAGGAGCCGAAGAUAAAAAUCGCGGAUGACGUUAAAAAUCAAGAAAAAAAACUCAACAGCGAGGAAACGCAACUCGACGACAAAUCGACGAUCGAAUCGCCGAUCGGUAACGUGGGAAAGGAUUUCAAGUCGAAAGUUUCGCCCGUCGGUGCGGAAACCGCUAAGAACAAAACUACCGCUCGGAAGAAAACUUCGCAAAAAACGAAAUCCGACGAGGUUGCGAUCGAUAGCGCGUUGGUGCGAACUUCGGAACAAACUGAGAAAAAACAAACUUCGACCGACGCGGAGAAACGCGAAAACAAUGAAGAGUCGAAGCGAACAAUCGUAACGUUUUCCGAAAGUGCGGAAAAAGCAGAAAUUGCGGACGAGAAGAAGAUCGAGGAAAUUGUUCGGCAAUCGCGGGAAGUGCAAAUUGUUAACGAAAUCGAACGAAGCGAAAGCGAAAUGAAAGAAUCGACAAGAAACGAAUCGGAUCGGCAAACAAAAAAAUUGGAAGAAGAUUCCGCGAUAUCGAGUUUGUUAGAAAUUGCAACAAGGGCGAAUGAGAGCGAGGAAAAAUCAACCGAGUUGAUUCGAGCGAGCAAACAAACUGAGAAACUCGAGGAAAAACAGACGAAAACGUUUAAACAGAAAAAGUUGGGAAAAACAAAGUCGAGCGCUCGCGAGAAGCCGAGGAAAGACGAGGUAUCGCGAGCUGAGGUCGAAACUAAAUGCGAUGAGAAAAACAACGGCGAUCAGUUGCUGCCGGCGAUCAGUUCCGAAACAAUUUCGCAACCCGACGCGGAAACGCGUUUAACGGAAACCGAAUUUAACGCUGAAAUCAGUUCUGUUGAAGUUACCGACGAUUCGAUCGGUAACACAUCGGUCGAUGCGAUUCGAGCACGCGAGAAGGAACGAUUGCGCGAUUCGGAUUUCGAGAUUCGAUCGCGAACGACCGGGAAGGCUCUGAUUAUCGAGAAAACGAUCACGACCGUGACGACGACCAGCAGCGUGCCGGAGUCGAGCGUCAAAUCGUCGUCCGACGUUAAAUCCACCGUGAAAUCGGUGGAGAUCUUAGAAAACAUACCCCUGCCCAAAAUCGUAGGUUCCAAAGUAACCGAGUUUAUCACACUGCGUCCCGAAACCGUGGAAGCGAGUCUCACCACAACUUACGCGAGAGUGUCCGACGAUUCUCCCGUUGACGAUUGUUCGUUGCCGCAAUCGCGACAACGCGAAUUCACGGAUUUGCAAAAAUCCAAUUCCUCUUGUCCCGCGACAACAACACCCGACGAAUCCGUUCUGUUCGGUAGCGUGAAAACUAGAACGAGAAUUCGUUCGAAAAAUCGCGAUACCGAAGUCUCGGAGUUUCGCGCGUUGCCCGAGAAAAAUAACGAAGAAGUUCGCCGCGCGCGUUUUUCGGAAGAAGAGAAACAAUCGAAUUCGUCGAUCGAAUCGUCCGUAACCGAGCGAUCGGAAGAGGAUACACGCGAUAGAGACGCGACAAGCGUGUUGGAGAUUGUGGAAAACGGCAACACCGUGUCGUCGGACGAGACGGAAAGACGCGAAGACGACGUCGCUCCUAAUAAAAUAAUCGAAAAUAAAAUUCAAGAAAACGAAAGAAAAUCUGAAAAACGUGAAACGAACGGAGAAAAGACGGACGACGAAACUACGCGCGAAGACGCGAAGCCGCAAAAGCAAGCGACCGAUUAUCUGGACCUUGUGAAACCUUACGCGUUCGAUUAUCACGUUUACAAUCAGGCGGAGAACAACUUCCAUCGGUUUUUCAAAGUCGUCAAAGUGGUGAGAGAAUCGCAACCGCCUCGGGUCGCGUUGCAAACGCGAUCGGAGAACGUCGAGAAAGUUGUGCAAAAAUCGGUGAUGAGAUUUCCGGUGAUCGAUAUUUCCUCCGAAUCGGUCAAGUUCGAUAAGGAAUUGUUCGAGAUCGAUCGCAGAAGACACGCCGUUCUCAUAGAAGCGCCGAGAUAUCCGAUUGCGAGUUUUCACGAGUUCGAGUCGCAAGCGGUGAAAACCAAAUCCUUUCCCGCGAUCUUCGACGACGAUUCCAAAGCGUUGGAAAAAGAAUUGAAAGAAGUUGAUAAAAAAAUUAACGAGACAACGAGCGCAACGGAGUCCGAAGAGCCUGGAGAAGCGAAAGCGGAUGAGAAACUCGAAUCGAUCGAAACGGAAGAGAAUUUAGUCACGUCUCGGGUUGCAACAAUCUCGGAAGCGCCGAGUUCGGAGAAGGAGAAGAAGAAUCCGAUUUCCGAAGAAUCGACGAGCGCGCAGCGAUCGUCCGUGCACUUGGUUUCCGACGAUACCUGGAUGAGCAUUCUGGACGAGCCGAUUGUUAUUGACGACGAUUUCGAUGACGACGACGCGCCCAAUUCGAAAGAAGAAGAUACGAUCGAAGAAGCGAUUACUAAGCCAGUCGCGAAAGAUGUCGAUAAUAAACAAGAGAUGAUAAAAGUUGAAGAAAAACCGGCAACGUCGUCCGUGCAUUUGAAAUCCGACGACGAUUGGCUGGCUCUUCUGGACGAAGAGAUUCCGAUCGACGACGACGACGAUUUCGAGGAAACUCGACCGAUCGAAAACGUUGCCGUUCAAAUGGAAAAUCGAGAAGACGUCGAGGAGAAAGAAAUCGAGAAAGAACCGAGAGAAGUAGCGGAAGAACAACGGCGGAGCGAAGAGGAAAAAGUGGAUGUUGAAACUUCGGGUGACGUUGAAGAGAAAGAAACUGCGGAAGUGGAAAAGGAAGAGACAAUUGAAAAAUUGGAACAAACGAGCGAGGAGAGAGGAUCGACAAUCGAGAAGCCGAACGUGGAAGAGAAUCUCGAAUCGUCGAGCGGCGCGAUUUCGUCGGAACUUGCCGUGAAAGACGAGUAUAAUCGCGCGAGGGACGUUUCGAGCGAACCGGAUAAGCAGAGCAGCGACAAGACGAGAACCAAAUCGAAAAAGAAGAAGGAAUCGAAACGCGGCAAGGACGCGAGAUCCAAAGAGAAGAUGAAACCAGCGGGAUCCAAGCGGCAAAGCGACGUGGAAAUUAAAACGGACGUGGUCGAAAGCGAUUUGUCGCCAACGCGGCGAACAACCGCGGAGCGAGAACGUGAAUUGAUCGAAGACAAAAAAACCGAUUCCUCGAAAUCGAUCGAGCGACAAGCCGCCGAGGAGGAGCCGCCUGUUGCGGACGAUUUUGCAACGAAACAGAAGACGCGAGAGCCAGCCGCGAAAGAAGAAGCGCAGCCAAUUCGCGAGGAACGCAAAUCGAAAUCCAAGAAGCAGAAGAAGCAAAGCGGAGAGAAAUCGGAGAUCGUUCGCGACGAAACGUCGACGGAAAAGCCGCGCGAAGUUUGUUUCUCGAAAGAAGAGAAGACGCGGGAACAGACAGACGCGUCUUCUUUCUCGGAAGAAGAAAUGAGAGAAGAGCUGAGGGUCACGAUAAUGGACGAGAUUGUCAAACCGGCCGAGGAGAAACUCGCUAAAUCAACGGAUUCGAAGCAAAUGAGAGAAGGGAGCGGCGGCAAGUCUUACGCGCAGGUCGCGGCCGCCUCGUCGCGAACUUCUCCUCUUCGGGAAGAAAUUUUGUCGUCGCAAUCCGUCGACGACAAGACGACGACCGAUGACGAAGCUUACGAAAAUCCGAACGCGGAAACACCAACGCAAAGUCCGAUCGUGGAACAAGUCGGCGAAUCGAUUUCCUCCUCGAUCGUUCCCGAAGACGAAGACUCGUCGCUCGUCGAUUCGAAAGAAGACACGCGAGAGGAAGUCACGCGCGCGAAACCGGAAACGAACACGUGGGCUGCGAUAGUCGGCUGCAAAAAGUCCGUCGAAUCGCCGGAGGAGGACGACGCGCCGAUCGCUUCCGAUCUUUGCAAAUCGGAGCAAAAACAACAACCGACGCACGUUCAAAUUUACGUGGAAGAGACUACCGCGCCGGAACCUCUGGAGAAUUUGGUUCAGAUAGACGAUCAAGGUUUCAUGGAAGUCGUGAAUCGAAAAGAACUGCGAUCCAGACGGUCCAGAUCGCGUUCCCGAAGCGCCAGGCGAGAAAACUCGGCGGCGGAAACUACGAUCGAGGAGAAAACAAUCGAAACGCCAGACGAACGUAAACACGAACCCGCGCUAGAGCACCACGUCGAGUUGGAAAACGGCGAAGUGAGCAAAGUUGUUCGAGAAGAUGAAAAAGACGAAGAAGAAGAAGAAGAAGAAGAAGAAGAAUAUAAGAUCAAACCGAAGAAGAGCCCGAGCGAACGCAGAAGGGAAAUGAAAAAACAAAAGGCGGAGGGCGAGAGUCGAGGUGAGGGUAAAAAUGUUCGAGGAGCAAAAUCAAACGAGCAAGACGAAGGGCAGAAGAGCAAAAAGAGCAGGUCGAAGAGAAAGACCGGAAAGGAUCGGAGAUCGCAACAAACAACCGAAGUCGACGAACGGAUCGAAGCGAAAGAACGCGACGACGCGCGAAAAGAAGAAGUUUCAAAAUUCACAAACGAAAUCGAAAUUCAAGCGGAAAAUGUGAUCGAACGUCCCGAGGCUUCGAACGACGAGUCGGUUGAGGAAACGAAAAAAUCAAUCGAAGAGAACAAACGGGCGGAGAUUCUUCCACAGAUCGGUGUUGCGAAAUCGAAAAAGAAAUCGAGAAGCAAAAAGGGCAAAAUUACGUUUGAACAAACGGUCGAAAAUAUAUUUGGCCCGGACGAGAACGCGGUUGUUGUUGGGGAUUUGACGGAGAAAAUAGACGCGAAGCCGUCGGGACCGAAAUUAGAUAACGAGAUGGAAAUAAAACACGAGGAGGAGAAGGUGGAGGAAGAAGCAAUUGUAACCGCGAGUUUAACGCGCGACGUCGCGACGACGGAAAUUGAAGAAAUUUCGACGAAGAUGAUGGAGAAAGAAAAUAAUAUCGCGGACGAAGAAGAAGCGACGAAAUUGACGUGUGAAAAACAGUCAACGGAAAAGAAAACGGAAGAAAAUAUCGCGAGACAAAUGGAAAUUCCGAGACCUACGAGAGCGGAGAAGAAGAAACAGAGGAAAAGAGGAGGAAAGAUUUCGUCGCGAAGCGCAGAGCCGGAAAGAGACGUCGAAAACGCGAAGGAUCAAAGCGUGCACGUCGAUUCUAAGAACGCGGAUGUCUCAGAAAAAGACCGACGGAAGACGAGCGACGAGACAACCGACGAAAUUCCGCAAGACGCGAAAGAUUCCGCGGAAACAAAGAGCGUCGCGCAAGAAGAUUCUUCCGCGAAUGCGGAAAAACUCGCGUCUCGUCCCGUUGUCGCGGAAAACAAAGAGCCGAUUAAAACCGAAAAGAAACGGAAACCGAAAUCUUCGAAGAAGCGAGAGUCAACCGAGAACAAAUCGUCAAAAUCCGAGCGACACGAAGAAGAAGAUACCGUUGAAACAAUUGAUGCGAGCAAGGAGGUGGAGUCUGUCAAUGAUUCCUUGAAGACAAAGGAGACGCGUGUCGGUUCGAUCGAGCCGGAACUUGAAAAACAACCCGAAGAGAAGAAAGAAGACGAAGACGAGAGCGAGAAGCGACCGGAAGCGACGUCGGAAGCGUCGGAAGAACUUGACACCGCGCAACCAACGGUCGAGGUGAAAACAUCAGAAACAAUCGGUGACGAUCGGAAGGACGCACCUGUGGAAGUUGCCAACACUUCGACAAUAGUCGACGUGGAAAAGAAGACGGAAUUAUCUGAACCCGAUGACACUUUGGAACCGGGCGAUAGCGCGACCGAUGUCGCAAAAGCGAAACCAACGUCGGACGACGUUGACGCGAUUGACACCGUCCAUUCAAAACAUUCUCCACCGUUGAUCAAAUCGUUGGAAGACGAGGAUCUUAGACCCGCGCGAGCUAAACCCGACGAUAAUUCGUUCGACAAGAUCGAAUUGUCCAAGUCCGACGAUAUUUUGGAAUUGUGCGAUAGCAUCGAUUCUACAAAUAUUGUCCCAAGUCAUCGUCGUUCUUCGUCUUCGAUCAAAUCGUUCGAAGACGAGAACGAGUCGAGAUGCGAGAUCGCAAUUAACGAACGGGAGGAGAGCUUCGCCGAUUUGGUCGAGCCUCCGAAAUCCAAAGUACAGUUUUACAUAGCGGACGAGAUGUUGGUUUUGAAUUUCGACCGACGUAAGAACGUCGACGUUCCGUCGACGACGUCGUUCGCGCGGGAAAAAAUCUGCGGCAACGCAGGAAAACCCGCAAUUGUCAAUUCGUUUAAUUCGCGUCGAUUUCUCUCGAUCGACGACGGUUUCUGGCCCGACAAACGGCCCUAUCACGAGGCCGAGCGCGAUCACUUCGAGAAUUUAGCGUCUAACACGAAAAAGAAUCUCGCCGAUUCGUCCGACGGCGAGAAUCGCGAUUUCGACGAGCGCGACGACAAUUCCGACGGCGGCGUCGGCGGCGGCGGUGGCGGCCAAUCGCGUGAUUCUUGCGGAAAUUCGCGUUCCUUAUUGGGAACGCCCUACACGGAACGUAUGAUAGCCGAUUUGCCCGGCGGCAUAUGCAGCUGGAGCGAUUAUAGCACGUAUCUGUCGAGCGAGAGCGAGCGGACGCCGGAUCAUAGCUUGCCGAUUGACGAUCCCAUUACGGUCGAUUCGUGUUUCUCCCCGGAUUAUCGCUCGAUCGACGCGCGAUCGUCCGAUCUUUCCUUGUUCCCAAUUUGUCACGAUUCGCAAAACGAGACGAAGACACCGGUCGAAGCGAGUCCGAGGAAACGCUCUGCGUCUUCAAGUAGCCUCCAAAAUCCCAAUGAUCCCGUCACCCUCUCGUCGUCGACCACCACCCUCGCCACCCAUCUUGGUCCACAAUCCAAACUGCAUUUAGGUAAAGAGACGAGGGAGGAAUCCGCGUUGGAACGUUGCAGCCCGAACGGGGAUGCGGAGAGAGAUACGGACGAGGCCGGGAUAAGGAUGUGCAGAAGGAUCCAGGCCACCGUCGAGGAAGAUCUCGCUUCCUUGCAAGCAAGAAUUUCGAAUCUCGAGAGAACGAUGGGUUCCUUACCUCAGGACAGCAUAGAAUCCAUGCUGUCUUCUCUCACGGCUGUACUCACGGAUCUUCGCGCCUACGACAACGAGGUCGCGCAACUCCAGAAGAAAUUGCGCGAGAUUCCUGCCGACAGCGAGUCUCAAAAACUCUUGACGGCUUUGACGGGGAUUCACGCGCGUCUUGCCGAUCUUCUCGAUCAGGCGGAAGCGGGACGAGCGACGCUCGAACGGGCGCGGGCGAGUCAGGAAAAUCGCGAGAAACAGCUCUGCGCUUACAAGCUGUUCCUCGAGGAGACCGACGUUUGGCUGAGAAACGUUACGUCGAAAUUACACGAGCAACAUUCGUUCAACACCAACAAGCUUUUGCAGGAAGAAUUGACGAAUCGCGCGCAACGAAUAUCGGAACACGAAUCGUUGCCGGAAGUUAGCGCGCUGGCGACGAAAUUGAAGGAAGCUCUCUUGGACGUGAUCAAUCGUCUUCAGCAAAAGCAGCAGGUACCCAACGCUUUUCAGAGCUCGGGGGCUUUCGCAAACGUCGCUCUCUUAGGUGCUACCGUCGCUUAAUUGGGCAGUGGUUUUCGGGAAAGUCGGUGUCUUCAGUUUCUUAUUUAAAAAAAAAAAAAACUUACUUAAGAGGCUUGCAAAUUGCGGUUAUUACAAAGCUCACGUCGUACGCGUUUUUAAAGACGCAAUUUUUUUUACAAUCAAAGAGUUUUCGAAUUUGACAUUCGAAUCUUGUUUCUUCGAGUAAAAUUCCGAUGUGUAACUUCGCGAACAGUUUUUUCUUUCGUGAAAAAGCUUUGUAGUAAGCGACAAUGUAAAAACGACGCAAAUGUCAAACACAGUACAAGCGUUCUACUAGUCAUCAUGCUUAAAAAAAAAAAAAACGCACACGCACACACAUUCGUAACCACUCACAGAGUUUUCCAGACUGGGAAAAUUCUGCGUGACGGUGCGAAUUGGAGACUGGUGAUACACACAUUACGCUCUGUAAAAUGUGCCGUCUUGGAAUACACCGCUUGAGAUACAUUUUUGCACGCUUACAACGUACUUAGAGAUAAUAUUUAUAUGUAGUGAAGAGCGCAUUUAAUUCUUCUGGGUAUAUUUUUUUUUCUUCUUCUUUUUUUCUUUCACACCGUCGUCAUCGAGAGAACACACACGUUGGGCCACUCAUCCUCAAGCACACACUGAUUGCCACACGUUACUUGUAUAAGUGUCACACGUAUGUUAUCUCUUGGGUCACACACACACACACACAUGAACACGCUGUACAUUAUUUGUAUCAUUGUUAGUACUAUUAUAUACGUUUAUCUUAAGGUGAUAAAUGUAAUAUAGGCCAUAUUGCAUGUACUUAAGGAAUGUUAAUACAUUACUGUGUAAUAUUUCAUGUAAUUAAAGAAAUUCUCUUCAUUAAUGUCCCAACCCUUGUAUCUUCCAUCAUGUGUUAAUCAUUGCGGAUCAUGUACAUCAUACUUGGCGACGUAUAUUGACAUACAUAUAACAAUGUUGAGUAAUAAUAUCUUCUCAAGUAUGUAAACGUAGUUGCGUACUUGUU